UCUCUUUCAAAAACCAAAAACCAAAAACCAAAAUGGCUUCUUCCAAGACUAGAAAAACAUGUUCCUUCACCAUCCUCCUUCUAUGUUCUUUGAAUUUCACACUUUUCAUCCUUUCUGCUACAUCAUUUGCACCAACCAUUCUCCUUAAAAUGCCGCCAACGUCGUUCGGCAUGGCAUUCCUAAUGGUUUCCACCGUCUCACUUUUCUCGUCUUUCGUCGGUUUCUAUUCACACCUCACACACUUGUGUUUUCUCACUCACAUUUCCCUCGCACUUGCCUCAUUGAUCGGACAAACUCUCACUAUAAUCGCUUUGUUUACCAAAGAGAAUGCAAGCCUCAAAAUGAUAAAAUCUUCAAGGGACUCAAAAGAAGCUAAAGUUUUGAUAAGACUUGAAUGUGGUGCUUUGAUGGCUAUGUGUAUGUUGCAGUUUGUUGUGUUGGUGUUGAGUUGUAUUGUGCAUAGUUGUGUGGUGAGAGAUUAUGAAGAAUUUGAAGCAGAGAAAAAGGCUAUUGCAAGGAAAAGGAGUAGAAGAAUUUCUGAAGUGCAAGAGGAAUCAACUGCAAAUGUGAGUAAGAUUGACGAAAUUAAAGAUAAGGAGUUUGGUGAGAAAAUAAAAACCAAUUAUGGACAGUGGGUGAAGACUGAUUUAGAACCAUGAGACAAAUUCUCAAAUAUCUUAAUUCCUAUCCUAUGUAGUAGACAUUUGCAUAAUUGAUUUUAUGUUCUUCUUCAGUUGCUUGUUAUUGUCACUAUGGUGUGGCUUUUGAAUUUCAAUGUGUUAGAAUUCCAUGUAGAAUUGUGAUAUGGGGAAUUUCUAUUGCUAAUUUGCUACAAUAUUAUUAUUGAGUAAUAGUAACAAUUUGCCAUUCCGUGUUUUUUAGGCUUUUUCUUAAUGAAUGUAGUUAAAGUAAAUUGAAAA